AUGGAGUUCUUCAAAAGAGGCGCGGGCUCGCUCUUUAGCUCCUCCAACGUCUCCCUCGCCUCCUCGCGCACAGACGAGGACACAGACGCCGUUGGCGACAAUGCCCUCGCCGCCGAGGGGUUUCGGUCCGUCCCCGCACCUGACAACUUGUUCACCAAAGUCGACCCCGCCGUUGAUGGAGAAGAGUGCCUACACGACUGUGCGACGUGCACAGUCAAAUACCCCGCCAAAUUCGAGGUCGAUCAAGAAGACGAGUUGUAUGGCCAGGUGAAAGGGUGGGCGACGCACCUCCUCGUCGCCACGGGCAAGUCGGAUUGGGUGCGCGAUGUGGCCGACGAGCAGGGGAGUGUCAUGGAGGCAAUUGAAAAGGGUGGAAUAGAACCGACCAACGGGCGCCUCAAGCUAUCCGCUUCGAAUAUGCCCGUGCCGGACGAAUAUCACAUGUGCGAGACAGGGAAGCAGCCGACAAAUGUGCUCCUCCUCCCCAGUUUCACUGUCGUCGAGCACGUCACGCCGCAAUUAGCCCCGGAUCUGAUCGAGCACUUUGUCAAUCCGUCCCUGACAACGACCACACCCCUUAAGCCCGACGGCGGGUCAUCGCCAGAACCACAACCUCCAGCAACAAGCACCACCCUCUCCACACCUCUCCGCUCGCACCCUUGUCCCCAUUCCGCCGUCAUCCUCCUCUGCUCGCAGCGCACGCGCGACGCUCGCUGCGGCCAGUCCGCGCCGCUGCUGAAACGCGAGUUCGAGCGCCACCUGCGCCCACUGGGUCUGUACCGCGACAUGGACGACACGCGGCCGGGCGGCGUAGGCAUUUAUUUCAUCAGCCACGUGGGCGGACACAAGUACUCGGCCAACGUGUUUGUGUAUCGUCGUCGCGAGGGCGCUGAUGAGUCCGAGGGCGCGGCGCAAGGUAUUUGGCUCGCGCGCGUGCGGCCCGAGGACUGUGAGAAUAUCAUUCGGUAUACCGUCUUGCAGGGCAAGGUUAUUAAGCCUGGGACGCAGCUGCGCGGGGGGAUUCGAUCGGGCGCGCGGUGUCGUGAGUUGGUAGAAUAG